AUGCCAUCAUCUGAAGUUUCCAACAAAGCUCUGAACGAUGCUGCCACUGAGGUGGUGCAAAUCCUAGCGCAAGCAAUGAAGACGAAAGGUCGGAUGGGCCAGUUGUCCAUGGCCAUGGAAAUGGCAAAUAUCAUGUCUCCAGUAUUUACAACUUAUGGGCAGUCUGCAACAAAAAUCUCGCCGGUGUUGUUGUCGGCGGCUAUGGAGUUGAAAGAGCAUUGCGAUCCAGUUAGUGGCCUAUCAUUUGUCUCAGUGCCGAUAUGGACGAACAUCGUGAUGAAUGAUCCACAUAUCAAGAACCAUCCCUUACAUGUGAAGGCACGCAAUUAUAUCACCCCAGCAAACCAAGUAUCACCAUCAUCGCCGUCAUCACAGUUGUCUGCGCUGUUCCAAAAAAGAAGCCGGCGGGUACUCAGUUUGGAAGGCGACGGAAUUGAAGUUGUGGAUGGGGCUCAGGUGGUGACCAAGGAUGGAGCGCUGACAAAGGUCAUCCCUACCAUUGGCGAAUUGGAAUUGCAGCCGGUGGUGAUCAGAGGCAAGGGGAAGGUGAGGGAAAAGAUCACUGUACCGCCGGCGGAUGUGGACACACAUGCGGGGAAGGAUGUGGCUCCAACAGAUGUUCCCCUUAGGCAGAAGCCACAGCCAAAAUCCAAGGACCUGGAAGGAUGCCGUGACUUGGAAUUGCAAGACGUGACUGUGCGCAGGAAAGGAAAAGGAAAAGAAGUCGUCCAGCCAGAGCAUGUUGCAGAAGGCCUUGGGCAUGGAAGGCCGCAGAAGAGACACAGGGAUGCUGGUCCUAGUAGGCCGCCGACCAAGAGAAACAUUGCUUCGAGUCGCCCGCCGGCAACAGAUGAAGCUGGCCCAACACGUACGCCUAGGGUUGAUGAGUCUGGUCCCCCUACAUCCGAUACUGUUAGGACCCACACUGGGAAGCGGCACAAGAGUGAUAAUCAUUCAAGCAUGCCAAUGGAGGAAGUGGAGGUAGGGCGAACAGAGCGUGUCCAAGCUAAGACCAAAGUACUCACAGAGGACAUUGGCGCCACCACAGCUGGGCGGGAGUUGGAGCCCCCUUGUACUACGUGUCUAAUUAAGUUUGUGACUGAUAUUGAGCGCCAAUGUACACUGAUCAGCAUUAAUUCAGGUCAGUUAUCUGUCGCCAAGGAUUUGGAGUGGGCACUGUGCUUAGAGCUUGCUCCAGGUUCGGUCCUAUUCCGCCCCACAGACCAUGCGCCGGAUGAUGAUGAAGACGACUCGGCCUCCGCUCCAACUGACCCACUGCCGACGAUGUCUGUACCUGCAAUUGCCACCAUCUCUCCGGUUGUAGAGACUCGUGUUUCUGUGGGCUCAUAUGGGCUCAUUUUACGAAUUCUGACAACUGGCCUUCAUGGCACGACUUGCACUAUCAUCCACUAUGACUUCCCUAUGGAGCGCACCCACUUUCCCACGAAAUGCGCCAUAGGCGCAACACUUUCCCACACAACACGCAGUAUUCCCGUGUGUGCGCCUUGCACACUUUCUCGUGCUUAA